AGAGAGUUUACGUGAUGACGAACGUCGCGGUGUUGCCAUAGCGAUAGAAGCGUCCGCCGGAAGUGAGGAGGAACGGAGCGCCAUGGCGGACGACGCGAUGAAAACGGAUGUGCAGCUGCCUGUGGCCACAGACCUGAAGAAACCUCGUCCAAAGAAAGCUCCUGAGCUUCCGAUCCUGGAGAGGAGAAACUGGCUUAUACAUCUGCAUUAUAUCCGCAAAGAUUAUGAGACCUGCAAGGCCAUUAUUAAAGAACAGCUGCAUGAAACUCAAGGCAUGUGUGAAUAUGCUGUGUAUGUGCAAGCUCUGAUCAUGCGGUUAGAGGGGAAGAUCCAGCAGUCUCUGGAGUUGUUCCAGAGUUGUGCCAUCCUCAACCCCAAAAGCUCAGACAACCUCAAGCAAGUGGCACGAUCCCUUUUCCUGUUAGGGAAGCACAAAGCAGCUAUCGAGGUUUAUAAUGAAGCAGCACGUCUCAAUCAGAAAGACUGGGAAAUCAGCCAUAAUCUCGGCGUUUGCUACAUCUACACCAAAGACUUCAGGAGUGCCGAAGAACAGUUAAACUUGGCAUUGCAGCUGAAUAAACACGAUCUGACCUACAUGAUGCUGGGAAAAAUCCACUUACUGCAGGGCGACACAGAGAAAGCCACUGACGUCUACAAGAGCGCCGUGGAAUUCUCUCCGGAGAACACGGAGCUGUUGACUACACUGGGACUGCUGUACAUGCAGCUUGGGAAAUACCAGAAAGCCUUUGAGUACCUCGGAAACGCUUUGACAUACGACCCCAAUAACUUCAAGGCCAUCCUCGCGGCCGGCAGUAUGAUGCAGACUCAUGGAGAUUAUGACGUGGCCAUGAAUAAGUACCGUGUGGCGGCGUACUCUGUCCCUGAGAGCCCACCGCUCUGGAAUAACAUCGGGAUGUGCUUCUUUGGCAAAAAGAAAUACGUGGCUGCCAUCAGCUGUCUGAAGAGGGCAAACUAUCUGUCUCCGUUUGAUUGGAAGAUCUUGUAUAAUCUGGGUUUGGUUCAUCUCACCAUGCAGCAGUAUGCAUCAGCUUUCCACUUCUUGAGCGCCGCCAUCAACCUGCGGCCGCGCAUGAGCGAACUCUACAUGCUACUGGCCGUUGCUCUGACCAAUCUGGACGACGCAGAUAACGCCCGCAGGUCUUACGAGCAGGCAGUUCAGCUGGAUGAAUCGAACCUGCUGGUGAACCUGAACUUUGCGGUGUUCCUGUAUAAUCAGGGCGAUAAGAAGGCCGCCCUGCUGCAGUUUCAAGAGAUGGAGAGAAAAGUCAACUCUCAGGUUGACAGUAACAUUAACACUGAGUUUGACCCAGAGCUGGUUGAAAUGGCUCAGAAAUUGGGCGCCGCUCUGCAGGCGGGUGAGAACCUGUACUGGAGCAAACCGGGCAAAGACAGCAAGACCAGCCAGCGGUCGUCCUCCAGCAAACCAAGCAGCUCCCAGCAGCCCCUGGGCACCAACCAGGCCCUCGGUCAGGCCAUGUCUUCAGCCGCAGGCUACAGCAAGAGCAUGCAGAUCACUGCAGAGCCCGAAGCGGACGUGAGCAGCGCCCCGUCUCCCCCUACAGUCGAUCCCGGAGAGCCUGAGCCCGAGGAUGAGGAUGAGGUAGAGGAGACAGCCGAACCGGCCAAACUCAAAGAGAAGAAGAGUAAACCCAAAGCAGUGGCUGAAUAGAACUCAAACUAUAUCCAAGGCUGAAGAGGUUUAUCAGAACUUAUCAGUACACAGCGUUUAUAUAUAGUUGAAAUUAAAUUACAAUCGCAGAUCUUUAGAUGUCUGUUUGAAUGGUGCAUUAUAUUAAUGUAGACAGUUAAUUUGUGUCUUUCCACCUUUAGAAAAAUUAUUAUUGCAUAAGAAGUGUUGCAUAAAAAGCAUGUCCUUUGUUGGUCUUUUAACUGAAUGAAAUCCAAUACUAUUUUUUUUUGCUCAUUUUGAGAUGCUGGUUCCAGAAAUAGUGCCAAGAAUAUCACAUUUUCUCACAAAAUAUGAUGCAUUUAAUAGCAUUCUGGCAUUUGACAACUAUUUGUAAGGUGAAGAAUUAUUGUAUCUUAUCAUAAUCGGCAGAAAAACUGCCUCAAAUACAUGAUUCCUGUCUUCAUCUGAGACAGAUCACAACUGUUUGUUAAAUGUUCAGCCCUUUCUUACCUGUAUGAAUGAUUCUGAAGUCAUUAUUUUAUGAUUCAUCCUGAUUUAAACUUUUUACACUCCUUUGCAGACUGUCGUUCAAAUAAUACUUUU